GAGCGGAAGAAGAAAUCAGUAAAGAAUCAAUUUUCCUUUUCUAAAGCAGAGAGAGAAGGAAUGGAGAGUUGUUAUUCUCAGCAGAGAAGAUUUCUUAUUUCUGUCUUUCUUUUAAAUGUAUUAAUAUAUUGGGGAGGAUAUUGGAAGGUGAGUGGUUGCUUGGAUUCCGAGAGAAAAGCUCUCACCACCAUCCGGAAGGCUCUCAACGAUCCCUCCAAUCUUCUCUCUUCUUGGGAUGAUGCCUCUGACUGCUGCAAUUGGAGAGGUAUUACCUGCCACAACAUUACUGGGUUUCUUCUUAAACUCGACCUCCACACAGUUUAUAACCACAAUUAUUGGGCUGAUGGAGGCCUGUUAGAUCCAGCAUUCAGUCUAAGUGGCAGAAUUGAUCCAGCUCUGAUUCAACUGAAGCAUCUUCAGUUCUUGGACUUGAGCUGGAAUGCUUUUAAUGGCGCACCAAUUCCAGAUUUCUUGGGUGGAAUGAAGGAGUUGAGGCAUUUGGACUUGUCAUGGGCAGGAUUCAGCGGGAGUAUCCCUCAUCAGCUUGGAAACCUCUCUAAACUCAUUUCCCUGAAGCUUUCUUCAUCUUCUUUGAGUGCCAAAAACCUUCGGUGGUUGACAACCCUACCUUCUCUCAAGUACCUCGACUUAACUUAUGUGAACCUUUCCAUGGCCAGCCAUGAUUGGGUGCACGUAAUGAACAUGUCUCCUUCCCUUGUUGAGCUGAGCUUACAAGAUUGUGGUCUUUCAUAUAUUUCUGCAACUCUUCCUUCUGUCAACUUCACAUCUCUCCGUGUCCUUGAUCUCAGUGAUAACAACUUCAACUCUACCAUUCCAAACUGGAUAGCUAAUAUUAGUUGCCUUGUGUCCUUGGAUCUCUCAGGUAACAACUUUCAGGGUGAGGUUCCUUAUCAAUUUUCACAACUACCUAACUUGGAAGAGUUGGGGUUGGGAUCAACUGAUGAUAACCUGAGGGUUGAUUGGUCAGAGUUCCUUGAAGGCAGCUGGAGGAAGCUGAAGAAACUUGAUCUAUCUUUCAGUCAGCUGCAUGGAGGAAUCCCGGACUCUAUUUGGAAUAUGACAUCACUUGAGUCUCUCUCUUUGUCAUUCGGGGAGAAUAUAACAGGUAGCAUUCCAAGAGCCAUAACUAAGCUUAUCAAGUUAGAGAGCCUGUCAUUGUAUAGAUACCAAAUGCAUACGGCCAUCCCUGAUUUCUUAUAUGAGCUCAAAAAUCUUAAACAACUUUCUCUCUCCCAUUGCAUGCUGACAGGCCCAAUCCCUGCAGCUCGUCUUGGAGGAUUGUCUUCCUUAGAAGAACUAGAUCUCUCAAGGAAUCAGUUGAAUGGGACAAUCCCAAGAACUUUAGGACAACUUUCUAACUUGUCUUUGCUUGACCUCUCUUACAACUUCUUGACAGGAAACGUGUCUGAAAGUCUUUUUGAAAAACUCAAAAAAUUGAAGAUCUUGAUUUUGGUUUCCAAUGCUUUGGUUUUUGAUCCACACGCUGAUUGGACCCCUCCAUUUCAGCUUUCUGGCAUUAACCUAGGAUCAUGUCAUUUAGGUCCUCGAUUUCCUCUCUGGCUACGAACACAAAAAUAUGUAGAAGACUUGUGUCUCUCUAACACAACCAUCUCUGGCAUCAUCCCCACCUGGUUUUGGGAUUUAACACCCCAACUUCUUUUACUAAACCUUUCAAAUAACCAGAUUUUUGGCCAAUUGCCCAACCCUUUAAAAAUGCAUCCUCAGGCCUCCAUUGAUUUGAGUUUGAAUCAUUUCAAUGGUCCCAUACCCUGCAUAUUGAAUGGAGCCAGAGUACUUGAUCUCUCCAACAAUCAAUUUUCUGGGCCAAUCCCACCCAAUUUUACAUCCACAAUGCAACAUUUAGAUUUCUUUUCUGCCAAAGGUAACCAAAUCAGUGGCAUGAUUCCCUCAUCCAUUGAAGGAAUGAAUUCCUUGACUGUCCUUGACCUUUCCCGAAACAAUAUUGGUGGUAACAUUCCAUUGAGUUUGGGUAAUUGCAUAGCCCUUGAGGCAGUUGAUUUGAGCAACAACAGGUUAUCAGGAGAAAUACCCAAGUCCUUGGGUCAGUUGCGUCAACUCCGAACAAUGCACUUGAGCAACAAUAGCCUAUCAGGAAAAAUUCUUUUGUCCUUGAAAAAAUGUGCUAGUUUGGAGACUCUGGACCUUGGAUACAACAAUUUCUCAGGUCGUAUUCCCACUUGGAUUAGCAAAAGCUUUCCAACUUUAAGAAUUCUGCGCUUACGAUCCAAUAUGUUUACUGGCAACAUCCCACCACAACUAUUAAACCUAACUUCUCUUCAGCUCCUUGAUGUGGCACAAAAUUGUUUAUCUGGUUUAAUUCCCUCAAGUCUUGAAAAUCUCGUGGCCAUGAAGAAUGAGCAGAAGAUAAACCAUGUUCUUUCCUAUGGAGGGGCGGGAUCAUCAUAUUACAAGGAAAACUUGCUUGUAUCAGUGAAGGGGCAAAUGCUUGAAUACACAAGAACAAUUUCACUGGUUACAUGCAUAGACCUUUCAAGAAAUAACUUAUCUGGAGAGAUCCCUGAAGAACUCACAGGACUUUUGGGAUUGCGUGUUUUAAACUUAUCUGGAAAUCAUUUGAUCGGAAAGAUCCUAAACAAGAUUGGUAAAUUGGCAUUGCUAGAGUCUCUUGAUUUCUCUGAAAAUCAGCUUUCAGGUAAAAUUCCUCUAAGCAUGUCAAAUUUAACUUUUCUAAGUUACUUGAACUUGUCAUUUAACAACUUAUGGGGGGAAAUUCCAUCUGGAAAUCAGCUCCAGACUUUCCAAGAUCCUUCUAUUUAUAUGGGCAACAACGGACUUUGUGGACCUCCUCUUCUAGAUAAGUGUGUUGGCGAUGAGACUCCUCCAAGUCCUAGUGGCAUUGAAACAGAUGAAGAAGAGAAUGAGAUGCGUUGGUUAUACUCGGGGCUGACACCAGGAUUUGCAGUUGGGUUUUGGACCUUAUGUGGCAUUUUAGUGCUCAAUAGGUCUUGGAGGAUUGUCUAUUACCGCUUCUUUGAUGAGAUGAAAGAUAGACUCUUUAGUAAUUGUUAUAGGAUGUUAUAUUGAAGAAGUUUGAUAGAAAUCCAGGUAAUGUGUAAUGAAUAAUUGUUGUAAUGUUGGAUGCUUCA